AUCUCCAUUCUCUCAUCAUCAAUAUAGUCCAUAUAUAUGUAUAUGUCGUCGGCUAGCUAGCUCAUUACGACUCAAAUCCAAAAGACACAUCUCGUACACAAGAUUCCAAAACGAACCAACUAUAAAGCUCAUUGAGUCUUGCUCUUUUUUUCUUUGCCAUAGAUACAAAGCUUUCUGGGUUUGUCUUAAAAUGGCAUUUCCGGUUAGGUUUCUUGUUACAGUUUUCUUCUCUUUCUCCUUCUUCUUCUUCUUCUUGUUUAAUCCAUCAGAAUCUGCAACUACUAGUUUUAGGCCAAGAAAACUUGUUUUACCAGUACUUAAAGACAGUACAACUGGUCUUUACACGACAGCACUACACAAGAGAACUCCAUUAAUAGAAGUUGCGCUUGUGGUAGACUUAGAUAGCAACUUCUUGUGGGUUUCUUGCGAGAAAAACUACUUGUCAUCAACCUACCGGGCUCCUUUUUGUCACUCAACUCAGUGCUCAAGAGCUAACAGUCAUUUCUGCCGCACAUGCUCCACCUCCAAGCCUGGACCAGGUUGCCAUAAUAACACAUGUGGGCUUAUGUCUGUAAAUCCAGUCACACGACAGAUUGCCACGAGCGAGCUUGCACAAGAUGUGCUCACGCUUCAAUCAAUUCAAGGCUCCAAUCUUGGUCCCAUGGUGACUGUACCUCAGUUUCUUUUUGCUUGUGCACCAUCUCAAUUGUUAAGACGAGGGUUACCCAGUUAUGUCCAAGGUGUGGUUGGUUUAGGACAUGCCCCAAUUGCUCCCCCGAUCCAAUUAGCUUCCCACUUUGGAUUUCCACCAAGAUUUUCCCUCUGCCUUUCUUCAACCUCUAGCACUGGUGCCAUUUUCUUUGGUGAAGGACCUUUAAUCUUGAAACCCGGUAUUGAUGUCUCGCAAUCUUUAACCUACACUCCAUUAAUAAUCAACCCACAAGGAGAAUAUCACAUUCAAGUAACUUCAAUCAAAGUAAACAAUGAGCAUGUCCCAGUGAACAACACUUCCUUGUUAACCAUGGACAAAAAUGGGUAUGGAGGAACAAAAAUGAGCACGACUGAACCUUACACAGUUCUCCAUCACUCCAUUUAUGAACCCUUCAUUCAAACUUUUACAAAACAGCUCUCUGGUAUCCCUCGAGUCAAGAAUGUACAACCUUUUACAGUUUGCUAUGAUUCCAGAAAACUUUCAAGUACCGAACUUAGAUCACCGAAUGUCCCUAACAUAGAUAUUGUUCUGCAUCAGCCAAAUGUGUAUUGGAGAAUUACUGGUGCAAACUCCAUGAAAGAAGUUAAACCAGGGGUGAUGUGCUUGAGUUUUGUAGAUGGAGGGUUGCAAGCUACGAAAGCCAUUAUCAUUGGGGCUCAUCAGAUGGAGGACAAUCUAGUGCAAUUCGAGCUGGUUAAGUCAAGACUUGGGUUUAGUUCUUCGUUACUUCUUCGAAGAACUAGUUGUUCUAAUUUCAACUUCAGUGUUUCUGCAACUACUCCAUAG